UAUACUUCCAACAUGACAACAGUAAGCAAAGGAGAUAUCAUUGAAUUAAAGGCACUCCAUAACCCCCCUGUGCUUGUGAAAUACGUGUUAGAAGCCACCGUUUUACUACUUGGACACUCUCCUGCCGAGGCAAAAAAUUGGAAAUUUGUUCGGGGAAUUUUGAAUGACCCUACCCUUUUGAAUCAGUUGAAAAAUUUUCACGCUGAAAAUUGCGACCCAGAAUCAGCCAAGAAAGCCAAGGAAUUGCUAGAAGAUAUCACUGAGGAAAAGGUCUGCAAAGUUAGCAAGGCUGCAUCUCAAUUAGUUAACUGGGCAAAGAAUGCAGUUGAUGAAUGUGAGUCAGCAGGAAAACUUAAAGACCCGUCCUAAAAAUAGAACACCUUAAUCUUCCAUCCCUCUAUUCAGCAAUGAAACUCUUUCUUUAGCGUGCAUGGUAUUAUCAGGAAAAAAUAAUGAUGACUG